AUGGGAGAUGCUAUAGCUGAGAAAGAUGUUGUGGCAGGUGACGCAGGAGGUGAAAAGAACAGCACAAAGACUGUACACACUAAAGGAUUGUCUAGCUGUUUGUCAAGAGUUAGUUCUGGUAUAGCUUAUGUUUUGGAGACUGCAUUUUUCAAAGUUGGCCUGUUUGUGGGAGAGUUUCCCAUUGUCACCAUCCUCACUAUGGUAAUAAUGUGUGGGCUGUGUGGGCUCGGCAUGAAAACUUUUCAUGAGACGGAGGAGCAGGAAAAACUGUGGGUACCUCAGACAUCUCGACUGAUCCCUGAGAAGGCUUGGGUUGACAAGACAUUCCCACAGGAGACUCGUUUUGUUUCAUUUCUUGCUGCCCAGCCAGAGGGCAAUAUUUUAAGUCCGGAUUCUCUCAAUGCU